AUGGCGUCGGACGAGAUGGAGAAAAAACUCGAUAUGUCAUUAGAUCAGAUCGUGCAGGAGCGUAAGACGAUCGCGACUAGUAAUACCAACGUAAAUGUAGGCAAAGCAAAGAGCACGAAACGCGCUGAGCGGAUAGCGCAGUCGAGUCCGUAUCAAUCCCGACAUGGCCAUAACGGGGAAGAUGAAGACGUGGAGAUGAAUCAAACGGUACCUGUGGGUUGUCGUGUCUACGUGGGUAAUUUAUCCUGGAGCAUUAAGUCGCAAGACUUAAAGGAACAUAUGCAAGUGGCCGGCCCUGUAGAGACUGCUACGGUGCUGGAGUGGAAUGGGCGUUCAAAGGGAUGCGGUAUCAUCACAUAUGCAACAGAAGAGGCAGCUCAGGAAGCCAUUAGCACGCUCAACGACACAGAGCUCGGGGGGCGCAAAAUUUUUGUUCGUGAAGAUCGUGAGUCGCAGUUCGUUGCGGCUGGUAAGCCCAAGCGCGGAUUUCGUGUGUAUGUUGGCAAUUUGUCGUGGACUGUCAAGUGGCAGGAGCUCAAGGACCAUAUGAAGAAGGCAGGCACAGUUGUUCAUGCUGAUGUGCUAGAACUGGCAAAUGGGCGCUCAAAAGGCUGUGGUUUAGUAGAAUAUUCCACGCCAGAAGAGGCUGCGACAGCAAUCGCGGAAUUAAAUAACACCGAGUUAGAUGGUCGACUCAUUUUCGUUCGCGAAGAUAGAGAACCUGAGGGUGGAAGCAUUUCCAAGUUUGCCAAACGCUCCAAUGCUCCCUCGCGUGGAAACGGUGAAGGUCGCCAGCUUUACGUUGGGAACCUGCCAUGGGACACGAACUGGCAGCAGCUUAAAGAUUUGUUUCGAACUGUGGGUGAAGUAGAGCGUGCUGACAUUGCUGAAUACCCUGAUGGACGCUCGCGCGGCUUUGGAAUCAUUCGAUACACGACUGCCGCUGACGCAUGGCAAGCUAUUGAACGCAUGAAUGGAAUGGAAGUCGAAGGCCGCCAGAUUGAGGUUCGCCUGGACAAGAAGGAGUAA